AUGCUCUCGUGGUGGAAACGGACACCGCAGGACGGACCACGCAUCCAGCAGCUAUGGGCCUAUCCUGUCAAGAGCUGCCGUGGGACCAGGCUUGACGAAUCAGCUUACGGCGAGGAAGGGCUCGAGUACGACCGCCAAUGGAUGAUCGUCGACGCAGCGACCCACCGCUUCCUCACCGCGCGCACCAUCCCCCGAAUGCUCCUCAUACACCCGUCCAUCAACCGUGACGCCGACUCGCUCGACAUCACUGUCCCCUCUUCCGCGUCCACCUCCCCUCCCUUGACGUUCUCCGUCCCUCUCGCGCAUCCUGCGACGUACCUCAGUGAUCCAGAAGGCGACGAAUCCCUCGACCACGACUACUCCGUCUUCGGCUGCGAGCCACAAGACGGCUACUCGGUCGGCUCGCCUGAACUCAUCGCCGCGUUGAGCGACUUCAUGGGCCGCGACGUGCUCCUAAUUCGCAAGGGUUUGACAAAGAGGUCCGUCAAGGAAGUCCCGGGCGUCGUGCACAGCGAGGGACUCAACCCAGUCCUGGGCUUUGCGGACUUUUACGCGUUCCAGAUCGCCAGCGCAACCAGUCUCAACGAACUAACUACCCGCAUCCACUCGCUAACCACCGACCCCUCCUUCAACCAAACCCGCUGGUCCCCCUCCGCCCUCUCCACCCAAGGAGGCCUCGAGAUUACGCGUUUCAGACCAAACAUCGUGGUCGAGGGCUUGAAAGAAGCGUGGGAGGAAGACGGGUGGAAGAGGGUCCGCUUUGCGGAAGAGGAGGAAGUUGAGGUUGGGAUGAAGUGCGGGAGGUGUCAGGUCCCGUCCUACGACCCCGCCACCGGCGUACGGGACAAACUCCUCCCCGACGGCGUGAUGAAAGACCGAAUUGUCCAGCCUCUCUCGGCGCCGAAAGUCUGUUUCGGAGUGCUUGCGUCGCCGUUGAAGAAGCAGGGUGGACGACUCAAGGUUGGCGACGCGGUGACGGUCCUCGACUCGUAUCCCAAAUCAGCGAACGGCGUUUGGGUGCGCGACGAAGAUCGCGUCAACUAG